GGAAUGAAACGCUCCAUGAUGAAAGAUGGAAUUUCGGAAGAGAGAGCUUGUCGUGCGAAAGGGCGACCCGCAUGUGAUGGAUCGUCUGGAGCUGAGAUCAUAAGUUAUCCCUUACUGGAUAAAAUAGGAGUACUUGUUAAGUAUCUAACGAAAAUUGCCUAGCAAGGAUGCAAGGGAGGAAAGAUCAUACUUUUCGCUGGUUUUUUUAUUUUUAACUAUAAGACAUUAGACAAGCCUCGUGCUUCCAAAGUAUGGCGAGC